AGCAAAGCGUUUUUGUUUUUAGUAGUUCAGUCGAAAAAUAGCCGCACGCACGACCGAGAUGGUUUUGCAGUGGCUUCUACUCCUGCAGACCAACUGUACUUCGAUUCCUCUUCUUUUAUUUGGUACUUGGUGAAAAAGAAAAGUGCGCCGCCGCCUAAGAUAUGUUUUCUGCAUUCAGGAGCAAAGGCUCAGCCUUGGCGUCCGAGCGCUCGGAAUCCGAACCGCAGGCGGUGCUUUCGCCGGCGGACGACGAUGAGCAGGGAAGGGGAGCAGAGAAGUACCGGAAUCGUUUUGUUUCCGCUUCCAUAGAUGUUGGCGAUACAAACUCCAGUCAGAAGAGAGCUGCGCCCCCGCGGGAUUCCGAUUCGCUUGCGGUAAAAAGAAAAACCGGGGUUUUUACGAUCACGCGUCUCGCGAUUUUGUACGUCAUUCUGGUGAUGCUAUUGUGGGACGCAUCGUUACCCCGAACCGGCUGGCGUGUCUCGGAACGAACGCACCAUGAAAGACAACUAGACUUACUGACGCUGUCACGAAGCUCCAAGGACGUCCUGUUGACUACCGCAGGCGGUGGCGGACCACUUGAUGCCAGAGUCGUUUCAUCUUUUCCUUUAGGAACAGACAAGGACGUUGGACAAGAAAAUUCUUUUUUGUACUGGCUGUCGUCUUUACCGCUUCCACAUUUGCGGCUUCCCUGGAGAACGUCGACGGGGAUUUUUUCGUACUUCAGACACAAUCCAGGCUUGCUGGCCGGAGAUGAACUCGCAGUGAAACAGAUUGUCUACCUCAAGCGAGAAAUUUUCCAGGACAACAGCGAAGCCCAUCUGCGGUCGUCUAGUAUCGUCCUCCCGCGAGAAGAUAAAGGCACCAGCAACGAACUGGCUACGAGCAAAAAUACCGCACCCCUGCAAAUAACACGAAGACAUAGUCCAGAAGACAAUCAUGAAUUUGGCAGCGGAACGAGAGGUGAGCGAAUCGUGACAAGAAGCGGCUCGACGUCGACGGAUCGCAGCGGGGGCGACAAAAAACUCUUUGAAUUCAUUUAUUUACCACCUGAAACCGACACGAGCUCACAAGUGCAGAAUAUUCUCAGUGGCCUGGAGAAGAUGAACGACAAAGGGCAACCUUCUGCGGAGGAGCCACUCCCUCCCAAUCCUUUCCCCGGUGGCAUCGGCUUUGGGAGCGUAGACGCAAGAACGUUGCUCUCGCUGGAGCCGAUGAAGACAAAGACCGAUGAAAGCAGCUGGCGCCGCGAAGCUUCAACAUCGCUAUGAAACGUAUCCAGACAGGAAGGAAUCGGAAAUGAGGGCCUGGCUUAUCCCUUUACAGAGAUGCAAAUUAUACAAUAGAACUGGUAGGAGAUGAAGAAAAUGCAAAGUUUUGUGCACAACUGCUAGGUCUUCCUUUUUCUUUUGCCGAAAAUUAUUCACAGCUGCGCCGAACUCGAAAAUUAAGAAUAAGCGCUGCCAAACUGAUUUGGGAAAGACCGCUAGCGCUGCUUGCAUAACAGAUAAGGAAACAGGACAGCGCUAAGCUUAAUAAGUUGAAGUUGUGCAACUACUGUAAUUGACGACCGCGAAGAGAAGUCUAAAUCUUCUUUUCGCCAAGGCUUCAUGAUUUUUCCGCUUCUUUCUGAUGAAAAGGGUUGAAGAACUCGAUACAAGGUGACUCCACUAGGACGGGCCGGCAGAUCUGGGACUGCUUCUUGUUCUCUGGUGAGCUGGACCUGCUGGAAGCGCGGUUGGGGGAGCUGCACGAUGUAGUAACCGGGUUCGUGAUUGUGGAGUCCAACUACACGCUUCAACUGGAACCGAAGCCAUUGUACCUGAAAAACAACUACGCGCGCUUCAAGAAGUGGCACUCCAAGAUGUACCGCUACGAAAUCGCGGCGCCCCCAGCGAUGAUGCCUGGGCUACUGUACGGAACCACCACCACAAGCAGCACCACCGCUGCGGUGUCCUUAGACGGGUCGUCUCAUCCUGCUGUUCUGCAAGGGGGCGACGUUGCCAAACCGGUCUCCCUACUCGAUGGCGGCGACCUCCCCGAUUUCUGGGCCAUGGAAGUAUUUCAGCGCAAUGCAAUAGGCUGCGCCUUCCGGGACGACAACUUUGCGUUGAAGAACCAGGUCGAAGACUCAGCUCUUGUCUUCGUCAUGGACGUCGAUGAGAUUCCGCAUCCAGCUCUGCUGCAAGAGCUGAAAUUCGAGCAGUUCGUACCGUCACCUAUAACUACUCCUCGGCCGGCCCAGGCCACACAGGAAAUAAGGUCCCUCCACGUCUACCUACCGUUACAGCAUUGUUUGGGAGCGUUCUCGUUGUGCAAGGUGGAAAAAUAUUGGACGAUAUCUGCCGCCGUGGAGUUUCGUUUCUUUCGCGAUUUUUUGAACUACGAAUCCAACUGCGUGAGGAACGGAAACUUCUUUGACUCUGCGAGAGGGAAAAACCAGUGCGCGAUUGUUCAUUUACUGAGCAGGCGUACCAGCACGACGAGCCCCCUUGAUGUAGGCGCAGGGGAAGAAACGCCAUUGACGGCGUCCGCAUCGCAACUGAGCUCCACCAUAAGUGCACCACUUGGGGCAGCUGCACCGGUUGCCGACGAGGCCGCUCAAGCAGGAAAGUUAGGGAGUCCAGCUGCGGGGACAACAACAUUCGGCACCGGGGCCGGCACCACUGCGCCAUCCAAGGGCAGUGCGGCAGCAAAUUCAGGGGCACCUCCGGAAGUGCCUUUGGAGUCCGCAACUCUGCGUGUUCUAGCUCGCCGCAACUUGAGAGGCAUGUUGUUUGCGAGUUAUGACGGUGCCAGUGCAGAGGCAGACCACAACGAAGGCGGUCGGGACCGUGAGCAGCAGAAACAUCCUGAUGAUUUUGGAGGAGGCCACGAGGAGAAAUCUUCCGAGAACCACCGCGCAAACGGGCCCCUGGACAAUGGUGCGUCAAGAGCAAGAAACUACGAAGUUAAUGAUGGGCACACUGCUACGUCUACGGAGCGAUAUGCAGAAGGAGUGGGAGGAGCCAGAUUACGUACGGGCGCUGCAGACGAGUCGAACGAGCCAGAGCCAAUUUCGUCUGCAUCUUCUUCUGCUCCAACGCUGAAACAACGACUCCAGAACUCCAAUGCCUUUGACUUCAAGCGCGAAAUCAUGAGAUACCAUCUUUUGUUGCAGACCGCGGGCCCGCAUCUGGGUGUCCACAUCACGCCCCCAGCGACGGAGGAGUUGAUCUUGAAGACGCUGUCGCAGCAGUGCCGUAAAAAGGGAAACACAACGAGGACGCACCAGCUGCGUGACGUGCGUUGUGCCCUGUCCCGCCGCUACUCUUUCCAGCGCUCACACGAUUCCGAAGCAGCCCGCUUCGCGGACAUGCUGCGGCACCGGCGAACCGGCGAUGGCAACGGGGAAAAUUUUUCCGGCGAGCAGCAAACAGACGCCCUGCCUCGCAGUCUGGGCUUGUUCUUCCCACCGGCGCAGCUGAGCAAGGCCGCUGCGGCGCGGAAAAUCGUAACGCGGAUGCUUCCCAUCGUGUUGCACGCCGGGGUCCACUGUUCUUCGUGUAUGUCCACCGCAGGCAUUGUGGAAAAGUUUCAACAAACGGCUCACACCUUCAUGCGCAACCACGCAGAUUUCCGAACUGCCCACCUCUUGGCUUGCCAUGGCUUCUGGGUGGACGGCACCCUACACGGUUUUCGCAUCGCGGGGGACUUUCGCCUGCUAAAGAAUUUGCAAGCGGGCUGGGUUCCAGAUUACGUCCUACAAACCGCGACAACCAAUCCGCGGAUGCGGGAUCUGAUUUACAAUCAGACAGAAUGCGACGGUUCUCAACGACGCUGACGCUGGUACUGUGGAUUAGAUUUACGAUUCGAACAUGGGGGGGGCUAGCUGAGAAGGAUAGAGAAUCUCGAUUUCGAAAUCUGUUUGCGUAUCGAGGUUUUUCAGCGUUAGUGCUCGUUGUUCGAUUGGCUAAAGCAACACACAAAACCAAACAGAUUCCACAGUUGGGGCAAAGGAUGGGGUAGUGGAGUAGGUAGCUUAGAUGUCCACUACGCCCUGAUGCCCCAACAGACUCAAUGACAUUCUCUAUCUGUUACUAGCUUGCUUUUUUUUUUUUGGCGGGGUUUUUAAAAAAGAAGGGCAAAGAUAAAGAUGUCGCUAGGGCGUGAUUCCUAAUGUUCAAGAAGGCCUUUUUACGAUGUGACUAACUUCUUUGCAAAUGGACCCAAAAUAGGAGACCUAAGGUUCGGGUGUGAAUUUCUUCACGCAGCUUCUGUUCCCUUCCUUGAGUUGCUGCGGUGUUGAAGUUUACGCCUAUGCUCGACUGCGCGGGAGGGUUUUUGCCUUACCCCUCUAAGGUCUCAGGAAUCACGCUGCCACACUGUCACCAAACCCACGCCGACACUACCAAAAAGACUUUUUGAUAUGAAUAAAAAAGCCCCAAAGAAGCAUACUGCAGGGGGAAGGGAAAGGGCUUGCAGCUACCCAAAAAGCGCGGCCAAGCAUAUCAGAGGGCUUGCCUGGGGGUAGUUUCUGCACAGGUGCCGCGCUUGUGUAUUUAUAUCGCAGCAAUGAAGUAGAAGAGCAUGGGCACGAUAGUCAGCAACUGCCCCCUUCUCUGCCUUCCUCCUGUAGCAAUACUUCCAAAAAGAGCCGAUGCACAGCCAACAUUCCGACGCGCCCAGCCAUGCAUGUCGUGGCACUUCGAGGUCCCAAAGAUUGCUUCUUCAAAACUCACAAGUGUGAAUUGAGAUUUCCCGACCUUUAGGCUUAGCGUUUUAGGCGUGUGGGGCGGGUCAGUGGGCCACUAGGAGGAACAGGUACAGAAACAUCACCGAAAAAAAGGAAGAGCAACAUUGCGCGAGCGAUGUCGCAUCACUACAGUUGUCGACUUCUAUGCGCAGCUAAGAUGGAGGCAACUCGGUGAUGUAACUCAUUGCGUGGUGGACCGUGUGAACAACUGUAGCACGCUGCGAGGAGGAGGGAAGAGCAUUCUGGAGCCGCAAGGCAAA